CCCUUGCUGAGAUCUAGGUGAGCUGUGUGACGUUGUACUGGAGGAGCCAAUGAUUGUUUCCUGUUAGAGAGGAUAGUUAUAGACCAACAUUUUAGUGUUUAUGUAGGUGGUCAGAGCAGGGUAAUAUUAUCAACGACCAAUCUAUAAAAUCAGUAACCAAAUUUCCAGAAUGAAAAGAAGAUGGUGGAGCAGUGAGUAAGAUGCCAAAAAGUCAAAAGACAGGAAAAGAGGUGUGGUCUUCCAAGAAAAACACAACAAAGUGGAAGGACGGCAGGAGAGGAGGAGAGAAAAGAGAGGUAGAGACAAUGAAGGAGGGAAAGAAAGCGUUGAGCUCUCCUCUGAAGUAAAUCUCUCUCAAUCUGAUCAGUGUGUGAGGCGGACUAACUCACUACAAGUUCACAGUGUGGAUACACAAGCUGCUCUCACAGGGACUCCAAGGUUUGUUCCAUUCUUCAGUGACGGAGACAAAGAUAAAACUGUGAUUUCUAUUUGUUCCUCACAGAUGAGUGGAUCCUUUGUGGAUGGAGAUCUUUGCUAUCGUGCUCCCUGAUGUCUCCUUCACAAGACAACGUUUACUUCAACUGGCAUCACACAUUUUGAAGUGAAGCCAAGCUCCUUAGUCUUACUGGCUGAACUGUGGAUGGAGAUCAUGACGAACUCUCAGUCUUUACACCUGUUGCUUGUUCCCAUUUUGUUUUCUUUACUUUCACUCCUCCUCUGCCCUGCAUGUGCCAGUUCAGGGUCUGACUAUGGAGCCCACCCACGUUUUGUUUGCACCCCUAUUCCUAUGGAUGCAGACCCUGCAUGUUUCCCUGCAGCGGGUCCAGGCGUAGGGGCAGCAGGGCCCAGCGGACCAGGUCAUCAAAGUGCACCUCCUGCUGGCUGGUGGGGGGCAAGCGAAGAAGCCAAAGCCACCAUCCUCCACCUCAGGGAGAGCCUUGUCCAGCAGAAAGAGACCAUCCUGGACCAGAGGGAGACCAUUAGAGAGCUGACGGCCAAGCUCACCCUGUGCGAGGGCCUCGGGCGGGAGGUGACGCCUCACGAAGAGCACCAAGGCACAGCCUCGCACUCCCAUCACGCAGGGGUGGCCAGUCAUCACACAUACACUGACAACGGGCACUAUAGCAACCAGCAGGGUCACCAUGGAAACAGCAACCUCAUACUGGACUCGCUGCACUACCCUUCUGUGGGGGGGCAACAACCUGAUGGAGGGCACAGCAGCAACAACCAGGGGAAGGAUACACAUGUGACACCAGGGGACAUCACAUCAUCACCAGAGCAGAUGGAGAGGAUGCUGCAGGCGCUGAAGGAGAGGCUGGACAACCUGCAGCAGAAGAGGAACACAUCCAUCACCUACUCCAGCUCUCUGAAGGAGCUGCUUCAGAGGAAGAUCAGCGCUCUGGAGCAGCAGCUGCACCAUCGCACCGCCACCCUCAGCAGCCCGGACCACCACCACCAUGACAGCAGCCACAGAGAUGACGGAGACCAUCAUGGUGAUGAUCACCAUGACGACAGACACCCAAAUGACCACAAGGACGACCACAACGACGACCACAACGACGGCGGUCACAGCGACAGUGGGAACCACGCUGACCAUCACGAUGACAGCCACAGUGACGACCAUCAUGAUGCAGGCGGCAACCAUGACGACCGCGAUGGCGGCCACCACCAUGACGAUGAUGACGAUGAUGAUGAUGAUGAUGAUGACCACCACAGUAAUGAAGCAGACAGUCACACACAUCUUCCACACAGAGCACCAGGGCCACGGGCUGGUUUCCACUCAAACAAACUGGAAACAAUGCUCAACCAGCUGCACCUUGCAGGUUCCAGCAGGAAGAAAUCCCAGAGUCCUGAUGCCUUCCAGAUCAGCUUCCCCAUGAGAACCAACUACAUGUACGGGCGGGUGAAGAGGACUCUGAUGCAGGAGAUCUUCGCUCUGACUUUGUGUCUUUGGAUCAAGGCGGGCGUGGGGCCCAGCCUGGGGACGCCCUUUUCUUACUCGGCACCCGGACAGGCCAAUGAACUGGUGCUCAUCGAGUGGGGGAACAACCCCAUGGAACUGCUGAUCGAUGACAAGGCUAUGACGCUCCCCCUGUCUUUGGGUGAUGGGAUAUGGCACCACGUGUGUGUGACUUGGUCAACACGGGACGGACAGUGGGAAGCCUACCAGGACGGAGUGCAGAGGGGGUCCGGGAUAAAUCUUUCCCCCUGGCACCCUAUCAAACCUGGAGGAGUCUUUAUCCUGGGGCAGGAACAGGACACUCUGGGAGGCCGCUUUGAUGCCACUCAGUCAUUUGUGGGUGAGAUGUCAGACCUGCACAUGUGGUCACAUGUCCUGACAGCCAGUGAGAUCUACAGCCUGGCCUCCUGCGGCAGCCACCUCAGAGGAGAUGUCAUCGCUUGGUCCGAGACAGAGGUGGAGCUUCGUGGAGGCGUCUCCAGAUACCCCUUUGACCCCUGUCACUGAAAGGCUGCAACACCAAUGAAGAACCAGGAGAUAUCCUGGAACGUACUGAGAACAUUUAUCAUAUAUAAAAGGUGCACGAAAGACACAAAAGUCCCUUUGACUUUCAGUUAUUUUUCAGGAUGAUCACUCAGCAGCACCAGCUGAGAAUUAAUGCCUUUCUUUAAACUUAAUCAGUGACUUUUUAAAAAAAAAGAAAAAUAACAAGUCUAAUCUGUGUUUACAGAUAUUGUGUAGGAACUUAGUGGUCUUGGGCCUUAGGUUUUGGGCUCUAAUGUAAUCAUGAGUUAGUGUUUUAUUUUAAACAGACAAGUGCUGUAUGUGACAUAUUGUCAUAUUGUUAAUAAAACUUAAUACUGUAAGGUCUGUGAUAAAAGUAGCAGACCUUACAUGGGUUCUGUUGUGGUUAUGUGACAAACUGUAUGUUGUUAGUUGUGCUGAAAAAUCAAUUUGUAAUCUGGAUGCUCUUUUUUAAAAGGUUUCCAUGGGAGAUACAGCUAAUUUACCAAAGAAAAUGUAGAAUUGAUUUGUGUUAUACUUUAUAAUUUUAAUAAUCUAUGUGUCAUAGAUAGAUUGAUGUUUUUGGGAGAAAUACUGAAAAGCCUGUCAGACUAAUUUAGGGUUUUAUAGCCCCCGCUGGUUGUACAAUUAUUACAUGGACUCUUGGCAUGAUACUGUAAUCCAGGAGUGCUGCUUUAAACUAACAGUAAAAGUGUAUUAUACAUGUUUUUUGAUAACUUUUAUAAACUCUACAAUGCAUCUGUGUGUUCACUGGACAAAUCGCUGACAUUUAUCACUUUGGUUUCCAAUAAAUAUCUGAGUGAUGUAUUUUGUGUAAUCAAGUCAUUGCACUGUGGCUUUUUAAUUUCUGAAAUAUUCUGGCCUUGACUGCAUAGAUCUUUGACUGUAUGUAUUCUAUAUAAAUUGUGUUUUUUUCCCCUCCAAAUGUUAUGAGAAUGUAAAUAAAAGUGUGAAAAAUA